AUGAAUAAGGUUGGGCUAACUGGCGUGCUAGAAGUGAAGGGUGUGACAUAUACCCACACAGAUGAGAUAAGAGAGGAUGUGCAUGGGACUUUGUUAGCAAAUAACACUAUAGGUAUCUACCACGAUCACUUCUUGACGUACUAUCUUGACCUCGACGUGGAUGGUGAAGCCAACUCCUUUGUCAAGAACAAUUUGGAGACGAUCCGAACAACAAACCAAAGCUCACCAAGGAAAAGUUAUUGGACAGUUGUGAGUGAGACAGCUAAAACUGAAGGAGAAGCUCGAAUUCAGCUAGGCUUGAAUCAACCUGAGCUAAUAGUUGUGAAUCCCAAUAAGAAAACUAAAGUUGGGAAUAAUGUCGGAUAUCGUCUGAUUCCAGGGUCAGUGGCACAUCCCCUUCUGUCGUACGAUGAUUAUCCACAGAUCCGAGGAGCCUUCACAAAUAAAAAUGUCUGGGUCACACCUUAUAACAAAUCAGAGAAAUGGGCAGGAGGAGCAUUCGUAGAUCAAAGCCGAGGAGAGGAUACCUUAGCAGUUUGGAGUCUCAGGAAUAGGGAGAUUGAAAACAAGGACAUAGUAUUGUGGUACACAAUUGGAUUUCAUCAUGUCCCUUCCCAGGAUGAGUUUCCGGUGAUGCCAACGUUAAGUGGUGGGUUUGAGCUACGGCCUAACAAUUUCUUUGAGAGCAAUCCAGUACUUAAAACAAGAGCUCCCAAUGUUGUACCAGGGCCUAACUGCACCACCCAAGGCUAGGAUUUUAUGUUAUCAUAAUGCGAACCAUAAAUAAAUUAAGAAGGGUUUAAUAGUUGGAGAAUAAAAUAAUUCCUCAGCUCAUUCAA